GCUAACGACGCUGCGCAACUCUGCAGGCUCACAGAGGGCGCAUGGACUGUGCAGGGCAGCCCCGAAAAGAAGAGGGCCAGCUCGUUUGCACAAUUUCAAUGCGGCCGUCGCCAUCAAAGGCUGCAAGCCCAGGCAUCCUCUGGCCCUCUGGCGGAAGCAGCGGCGGAAAGGAGUCAGCUGACCCGGGCGCGUCGUCUGGGAAAGGUGGCUUGCGCGGAUUGCUAAGCUCCAUCCGGGCCCAGUUCGCGGAUGCGCUCGGCUCUGACUCCACUCUGCGCAGAUCAGGGGGCCAGCAGCAGCUGCUGCAACGACAGCAGCACGACAGCGGCAGUGGCGGCAGAAGCGGCGGGCAGCACGUCAGCGCCAGCACCAGUCAGCUGCCAGAAUUUGUGGCAGCUGCGGCGACGUCGCAGCAGCACCAGCACCAACAGCAACGGGGAGGAGCCGGCACCAUUGCGUCCGAGCUCGAAUCGCCUUUUGCACUCCCUUGGGCGGAGGCUGGUCUGGGCGGAGGCCAUGGCGGCGCCGGUUCCGGAGCUUGCGGUAGUGGUGUUGCCGGUGCAGCGGGGGCGCGGGCGCGCAGCCAGCCCAGCAUCAGCGCAACGGCUCGCAGCGCCGCCUCGCAGCCCGUCGCGGCCUUGCUGCUCCGGAGCUACCCGGAUCAAGAACCCUUCGCAGCGGCGGCCGCAGCAGCGGCAGCGGCAGCUGGGGCGCCAAGGGCGGCAGCAGCGGGGGAGGCAGCAGCAGGUGCAGGGUAUCAGGCACAUGUAGGAGCCACCGGCAGCGCUGGCGGCGGCGGUGCGUCCCUGCAUGGCAGCUCUGGACGCGGUGGCGGCAGUGGCGGGUCAGCCGGCGGCGUGCUGCGCUCCGGGUCCGCCGCAACGGUGGCGAUGGUGGAGAGUGCGGCUGCGGGCGCAAACCUGGUGGCACACAGCAUGCGCUCCAGCGGCCCCUCCGGCAGCCCCCAGCCACACCCGCAAUCCCUGCCUUUAGCGCUGCCCCUGCUUCCCCUCGCCGCCAGCGGCAGUAGUAGCGGCCUGCUGAGUGGCAGUGGCGGCACACAUGCACUUCCCGGGCCGGGCCACGCAGGGGAGCUGGGCUCGGGCGUGAGCCACACGAGCCAUGGGAGCGGCGGCGACGGCGGCGGCGCGUUCGGCGGCGGCGCUUUCGGCAGUAGCGUCCUGGCCAGCGGAGCAGUAGCGGGCGGCGUGCUGGCGAGUGGUGUUGUGGCGUGCGGUGCGGCUGCGAGUGGAGCAGUGGCUGGCGGAGCGAUGGCAAGUGGAGCUGUUACGAGCGGAGCUGUGGCCAGCGGGGCAGCAGCUAGCGGUGACUCGCAGGGGAGCGGCAAGCCGGAGGUGGCGGUGUUCUCGACUCAGCUGUUUGGGGCCGGAGCAGCAGGAGGCGGGGGCCCUCGGGGCAGCCCUAGCCAGGGCGGACAGGGCGGGGCGGCGCAGGCUGUGUGCCCGGCAGCAGCCGGCAGCCUUCCUUCGCAGGGCAGUGGCGGCAGCGACAGGGGCGGCAGGGCUGGCAGCAAUGCCCUGCACGGCACUCCUGCCUCUGGAGAUAUGCAGGGCUCGGCCGCUGUGGCGGCGGCCGCCGCCGCCCCGGCCCCACAUACCUCCCAUCUCUCCUCAGCCUUACGCCCCGCCGCCCACCAACGGGACCAACCGCAGCCGCACCUGCUGCCCGCGGUGGAUGAUGCCGCAGCCGCGGCCACAGCCGCGGCCGCUUGCACAGGCGCCUCUCCUUCGCAGCACGUGGGCGCAGCAAGGGACGGGGCAAGCGCUGCGGCGACGGGCGCCGCUGCCGGGACGUCGGCCCCGGCUCAGGCUGAGGGCAGCGCCGAGGCCAAGGCCGAGGCCGAGGCUGGCGGUGCGUCCCACGCCGAGAGCGAGGGAGCCGUUGAUGCUGACGAGGCAGGAGGCGCCGUGGCGGGCGGCGCGGAUGGCGGUGGCGGCGGCAGUGGCCUGGCGGGUGAUCGCCAGCACCCCGACCGCGACCUGCUGGACCGGCUCACGGCCGUGCCGCGCACGCCCGAGGGCGGUGCCGAGGGAGGCCGCGCCGCCCGCACCGCUGCGGCAGGGGCGACAGGGGCAGCGGUUGCGGGGGCGGCGGGGGCAGGGCCGGCGGCGGCUGCGGCGGAGUCGGAGGCGAAGCAGCGGCCGAGUCGCUCUCAGAGUAGCACGGAGCUGAGUGCCGUGGUGGCGCAGGCGGUGCAGCGGCUGCAGCAGCGGCAGCAGCAGGAGAAGGCGGCGGCGCGCAUGGCGCGGACUGUCUCAAUGCAGCACCACCACACCCAUUUCCACAACCACCUGUCGGGCGGCCCUCCGCUGAUGCAGCAGCGGCCGACCAGCCCUGCCUCCGUGCUGCGGGUGCUGACAGCCGCCACCGCGCUGCCGGUAGACGAGCCGGUGGCGGCGGCGGUUGUGGACGUAAGCGCACGCUCUCCUGGCGGCGGCAGGGGCGUCGUGGGGAGCUGCAUACCACUACUGGCGUCCUACCCAGGGCCUGCCGGUGGCGGCGGCGGCAGGCGCCUGAGCCCGGUGGCUGCCGAGGCGCUGGCGGCGGUUAUGUCCGCUGCGGGUGUGACGGCGGGGUGGGCGGCCAGCCCCGCCGCUCACCUGGGCUUGGGCUUGGGCUUGGACCAGCAACAGCACCAGGCGUACCAACACCAGGCGUACCAGCAGCAGCACCAGCAGCACCAGCAGCACCAGCAGGCGCACAGGCACACAGGCGGCGUGGGCGGCGGCGCUGACGGUGGCGUCGGCGGUGGUAAUCAGCUGGCAAGGCACCAACAUGACCUGUGCGCCGUAACGUCGCCAGUAGCAGGGUCGGCGGCGGCUACAACAGGGGCGUUGGCGGCGGUUGGGGGGCUGGGCGCCAGCAGCGGCUUUAGCAGCGGCCUGACGGCGGCACCGCGGCAGCUGCUGGCGGCGGCGGCGGCGGCAGCAGAGGCCCGUGGCGGCUUCCACGCUGCUCGGAUCAGCACCGGCAGCGUCUCAGCCCACCCCGACGACCAUAUGGAGCAGUGGCUACGUCGGGGCGAGAGUAGCAUCGGCAGCGGCGGCGCCACACACGAUGGUGGCGGCAGUGGUGGCGGCGGGGCGGAGGCCGGCAAGCGGUCGCGACUUGGCGGCGGCGGCGGCGGCGCCAGUACCAGCCAUGUCUUGUCGGACGCGGCGGGGGCGGCGGGCGCCCGCGGCGGCGGCUCGGCCUCGUUCACGGAGGGCGUAAGUGUGACGUGUACGGCAGACCGGCUGGCGGCGCUCGUCCACAGCGGCGCCGGCGGCGACGCCGCCACCAGCAGCUACCUGCAGCAGCUGCUGCUGCCCGCCGACCACCUCGCGUCAACCGCCUCCGCUGACCUGACGUACAGCGGCCACGUGCCCAGUGCCGUGGCCCUCGCGUACGGCAGUGCGGGAGGUGGCGGCGGUACGGGCGGCGGUGGCGGCACCGCAGGCGGCGGCGCGAGUAUGAGCGACGUGGCGGCGGCCGCCGGGCUGGGACUCACCAGCGGUACGUACGGCGGCGGCGCCAGCGGAGUGUACGGCGGCGGUAGCAGUGGCAUGUACGGCAGCGGUACGUACGCCGGUGGGAUGUACGGCAGCGGCGCGCUCAGCGGCAGUUACAUGCUGGGUGGCGGCGGCGGAUUGCUGCCGACGCUGUCAUCCGACAAUACAGCGGCGCUGUAUGGGUACGGCGAUGCGAUGGCGCGCUGCUCCUCCGGUGGCCCGUUGGGCGGCGGCGGUGGCGGCAGUAGCGGCGGCGGCAGUAGGCCCGGAUCUGCAGUGCUGACGACACACUCGCCGCGCGGCAGCUACACAGCCACCACUGCCACCACCACCACCGCCGCCGCCGCCAUGGCUGCCUCGCACAGGCGGCUGCCCUCCGGCCCCUCCGCCUUCGUCGGCUCGUCGCUAUCGCCGCAGAGCGGCGGUGCAGGGCACCACCAGUUCCGCAGCGGCGCCUCGCCCCUCGCAAGCGGCGGCGCAGGCAACUCCCUGGCCCGAGCCAUACACAACAUGGACGCUGCCGCCGCCGCAGUGCAUGGGGACGCGGUGCCGCCGCCGCCAGAGGGCGCGAAUCCGGACUCGGGCAAGACCGCGGCGCAGCUGAUCGCGGAGCUGAAACGCACAUACGAGGUGGUGGCCGCCGCCAACGCCGCCGCCGUGGCGGCCGCCGCCGCCGCCCAUGAGGCCGCCGCGGCUGGGCUGUCGGCGCCGCUGGGCGGCGCCGCCAGCGCCUCCGCCGCCGACGUCGCGGCUGCCGCCGGGCUGGGCGACCUGCCGCCGGGCAUCCUCAUGACGGCGCUUGGAUCCAGCGGCGCCGGCAGGUACGGCAGCGGCGGCGGAGGCUCUGGCCGCACCACCGCCGCCAGCAGUCCGCGGGUGGCAAGGAUGCUCAAGAUGGCGGCGACCGGGCUGCACAGCCCAUUCGAGAGCAGCAGCAUUGCCUUAAAGGGUGCGGGUGGCGGCGCCGCCGCUGCUGCCGCCACAGGCGCCGGCACCGCCAGCAGCACUGCCCUGGAGGUAGAGAGUAUCUUCACCGUCAAGACCGCCGCCGCAGCGGCAGCAGCCGCUGGAGCCGGCAGCACCGGCGAUAAUCCCUUUGUGACGGCGGCCAAGACGUCGCCGUACAACACGCCUCCCUCGGCGGCGGCGCUGGCGCGCCUGGAUGUGCGGGACCGGUGGGUGGCGGCGGAGGCGGCGGCGGCCGAGGCAGUGGAGGCGGCGGUGAAGGCGGCAGCACGGCGGGAGGAGCUGACGGCGGCGCUGUGGCGGCUGGUGCAGGGCAAGGACUCGGACGCGGUGUCCUACCUGCUGUCUCUGGAGCCGGCCAGCCGCGAGCACCGGGCCAUAGCGCCGCUGCUCAAGGACAUGCGCAGCUGGGUGUACCUGCACAUGUGGUGACGUGCGCAGCUGGGUGUGUGCGCAGCUGGUGUGUGGUGACGAUGUGGUGCGUGCAGCACAUGCGUGUGUGGUGGUGGUGGUGGUGGUGGUGGUGGUGGUGGUGGUGGUGGUGGUGGUGGUGGUGGUGGUGGUGGUGGUGGUGGUGGUGGUGUGCAUGUGUCAUGUGUGUUUUAUUGCGACGCACGCUGUUGUGGUGAGACGAGGAAAACGCGGAUGGGAUGGGUGUCCAUCACACCGCAUGUGGGAAACGGCGACAGCUGUGGGAGGCGGCGCUGUGAAGCGCUGUCGGGGCGGGCAGCGGAAUGGCACAGUAUGUAUGUAUGGUAUGUGUGUGUGCGUGUGUGUGUGCGUGUGUGUGUGUGUGUGUGUGUAUGUGUAUGUGUAUGUGUGUCCAAAAGAGCACAGGGAGAAAUUUGCAGGUGCGUGUGUGGGGGGGGGUGUGAAGAUGGAAGGCGCGGUAAUGAGGACCUGGCGCGCGUAGAUAACAGUGUCCCUCGGAAGUUGCACCGCACCGCUUGACACGGCGGCGGUGUGCCAUGGAUGGAGGGGGUGGGUGUACUAACGCGCCACCCCAUGAAUGGGAUGGUUCAUGGAAAGUAGUAUGGGUUACUGACUGGGUUAGUCGUGCACUUGUUCGCGGGGUAUGGUGGCCUGGCGUGAUGGUCUGGCCUGGUGUGGUCUGUUGGCGUGGUGUGACUUUGCCACAACAGUGACGCGUGGCAGUUAGGGUUGGCAGAGCAGCGUCAGGCGCCGGCGGCGAUUCAGUAAAAGCCACCGUGACUGCAAAGCAUUCUUACCAUGGAGAUUAAGUCAGUCUAGCAACUACUGAUAGGGAUACCGAAUCUUACAUGGCUCCAUGAAGCGGCAGCAUGGCAAAUGGUAUGGGCUUGCUCAGCGUGCAUGAUGGCCUACACCGUAUAUGUCUGGUUUGCUGCUAGAGGGGCCAAAGCUAUGCUACGAGCGGCGUACGAUAGAUUUGCUUACCAGGCGUUGGAAGUGAAGGGCAGUGGCAGCAGCGGCCUUUCUCUGUCGGCUUGCUUGCUUAAGAAUCUGGAUUCUGAGCGUUUCCAUUGUUUUGAGACUCGUUAGUCGCCAUCAAAUACGCCACGCACCGCAUAUGUGGUAGUGCUAGGCGCUGGGCGCUGAAAUAAUGUGUCUCGUGUGCAUAUCACUGCACUCACGGCAAGUUCGCCGUAAUUGCAGUAGGAUGACCCUACGCAGCCGGCGCGUGCGGCGCGCUAGGGGUUGGGAUGAGCGGACGCGGCUAGGGGCGGUGUUGGUGUGUGUGGGGUAAUACUGCCCGUACGGUAUCGCUAUCGCCAAUUGCCACAUCAGAUUCCUCGACUUUUCCUGUGCAAUUCAAGAUCGCAUUCAGGUUUUAGAACUUUCCAUGUCGCUAGGUAGAACAAGGAACACGUUGGCGAGUGUGUUAAGCUUCUUCGUGGCGUACCCAAUGGGCGUACCGGAGCUUGCGCGUGGGCUGCGACUUGAGGACUUGUUGUGCCAGCUACAGGUGCCGGCUGUAGGUGCCAGCUGCCCAAUCCAUGCCACGCGGGUGGUGGGCCAGCCCUGUGCACCAAAGCUAGCGGGCCAGAGGAAAUGAGGAAUGGCUGACCCCUGACAUGGUUCGAGGCUAAUAAGGAGUGUGGAGACUUGCGUGGGCUGGGGUCUAAGCAUGUAGAUGUUGACGCUGCCUAAGCUGCAUACGCUACGCAUUUACGCUGGUCACGGCACGUUUUUUGCUUGGAGUGCGGAGGCUGCAGACACCGUAGCGCUUUAUGACUAUGUUUGUCUAUAAAUAGCUGGCGAGCAUAGCGUGGCACGGUGUGGGGUGCGACUUAUUGCUGUUUGGUUGAUUGCUCGCUGUGCUUGUGCUUGGCAGCGGGGCGCAUGGCGGGCCGUGCCUGUACGAACCGACCCCGGCUAUGUCCGGGAGAUGAGGAAGACGCUUGCGGCCUCAGACUGGAGACGUGGCUCUUCCCAUGCGAGGGGCACCACAUAUCUUGUCAGACACCGUGGCGCGGUAGUUGUCGAUGUGUUCUGAACCCGGUGCAAUUAGGCGGGGAUGACACGGGCGGCUGUCGCUGCGGCCGCACCCCAUGGACGGCGGCGACAUGGCGCUGCUGCUGCUGCACCUGGCGCGGCGCGGCUUGUGAGCGAGACUCCAGCGGUGCAGCGGUGCAGCGCUGGGGGCCCAACGGCAUGCCGGUGUGCGGCCGCCACUACAGCCGCUUCAACUACUGGAAGCGGGCCGGCAAGCACGCCGAGCUGGUGGACGCUAUGAAUGGCUGCAGCAAGUCACAGGGCAAGGCACCACAUGGCGAGCCACGGGGCAGCUGCGCGGCGUGCGAGAUGGAGCAGGAGGAGGAGACUCCAGCGGUGAAGCGCUGGGGGCCCAACGGCAUGCCGGUGUGCGGCCGCCACUACAGCCGCUUCCACUACUGGAAGCGGGCCGGCAAGCACGCCGAGCUGGCGGACACCCUGCGCAAGGCCAAGGCCAUGGACCUGGCCAGCGACAGCGACAGUGACGUCGAGAUUGUGGACAGUGACAGUGACGUGGAGAUUGUGGGCGGCUAGUCAGCUGGCGGUUUGGCGGCGGCGAAGGAGGAGGGGUGAUGGGUGAUGGGUGAUGGGCGUAUUCAGAGCGUGAGAUGGCGGCGAAGGAGGAGGGGUGAGGGGUGAUGUUGACGGUUGGCACUGCCUGGUGGCGCGAGCGUGGAUGCAGGCGCCGGCGUGUGCGUCUGUGUUUAGGCGCAACACGCCACGGUGUACGGAGAGGUGCGACGGGCCAGGGUAGGGGGCAGGUUGGCGUAGUUUGUAGGGUGCAGCGGAGAGGUAUUGAG